AUGUACAACCCAGAGACAAAACAAGGGAAGCAAAGGCUACCCGUCUGUGUUGAGAAGAAAGCUUCUGGCAAGGCUGACGUGCCACGGAAGAGACCGUCUGACCUUCGGGUAGGUGUCAAUACAGGCACCGCAUUAGUGGAGAACAAGAAGGCGCCCCUGAUUCUGAUUGCCCAGGACACAGACCCCACUGAGUUGAUAGCCUUUCCAUCAGCCCUGUGUCACAAUAUGGGGUUCUCUUAUUGCAUCAUCGAGGAAAAGGUCAGUCCAGCAAUGCUCUACAAGAUCACACGUGUUAACUUGGAAGACAAGCGUGCUCUGGCUAAGCUGGUGGACGCUCUUCAGACAAAUUAUAAUGACAGAUAUGCUAAGAUCCACUGCCAGUUGGGAGGCAACGUCCUAGGUCCCAAAUCUGUGACUCACAUCAGUAAACUAGAAAAGGCAAAGGCCAAAGUAUUCUCCAUUAAAUAA